GUUCAGUGUUGCGGAGCUGGCUGGCUUCCUGGCCGCUGCGGAGGCGGCGGAGGCGGAUGAGGCGAUGAUGGAGGUGGCGUGGGAGAUUGCGCUUGACGGCGGUCGCGCCCUCCAGCUGCGCGAGCUGGCCUCCCUGCUGUUCGACGACACCUCCCCCCGCGCCCUCUUCGUCACGCACCACCUGCUAGCCAGGGACGAUACCUACUUCAAACAGGCCACCUCCCGCGCCCCCAGCGGCUCCGGCGCCAUCCCCGUCUACUCCCCCCGCCCCGCCCCCGAGGUCGCGGAGCUGCGACGGCGCGCGGAGCAGCAGGCGGCGGCGCAGCGGGAGGCGGAGGCGUGGCGCGCGGCGGUGUCGGCAGCUCGGGCGGGCAGCAGCGGGGCCCGGGGCAGCGGCUCCCGCCCCAGCGCCGCGGAGUGGCUGGCAGGACCCUUCGCGGCGCGGAUAGCAGCGCUGCAGGCGGUCGCACUUUCCUCACCCCAAGGGGGGGACUCCUCCUCCUCCUUAGCGGCUGCCUCCUCCGCCGCCUCCUUCUCCC